UUCUUUAGUCCAAGUGCUGGAGCACGUUUGAGUGACCAUGGAGUGCAUUCGCUGUCAUGUAGUUGAGCGUUAACACGGCGUGAAUAUCAGAAGAGAAGUGGGGGGAUAUAUAUAUAUAUAUAUUUAUAUAUAUAUACAUUUUUUAUUUUUUUUUUGGCGUGGAUAACGAGGAGCCACAGUCGAGCCAUGGCUGCACGGGAGGAAGGAGAGGUUUUGCACAGUAAAAUAAGGCACCACGACGGAGCUGGAAGUGUAAACAGCUCAGAGGGCUUCAGGAACGGCUAUGUGAAGAGCUGCGUCACCCCUCUCAAGCAGGACCAUCAGAGGGGGUUUUUGUUGAACGUGUGCAGGUUUUGCAACGAAGACAUUCUUAAUUCAAAAUUGUUAAAGGUCUCUGCCCUGUACGUCGGCGCGUUCGUAAUCUUCGCGCUUUCUUUUCUCAUUUCUAGGAGCUUGCAAAGUGACUCGCUUUGGGAUUUGCGGACUUUUUUGUCGGGCUUCUCCCAGUCCGUCAGUCCUUUAUUCAGCAUAGGAUGUGCUUUUUUCUUUCUAACGUUUUACCUGAGGAGGAAAAAAAAGGAGAGCAGCAAAUGUUGGCUCGUGUCACUGCCAGCAUCGUGUUACCUCGGGGAUUUUUUGGUUUUGCGGUUUUUGCAAUGGGGAGAGGACCAACACCAGAUGCAAAUGGUGGGCAGGUUGUUAUUCGUGUUGGGAUGUGUGGGUCUGCUCACACUGAUCCCCACUCUGAAACUCAAACACAGUGUUCUUAUACUGGUUUUUGCCAGCGUUGUGUGGCUUGUUUCUUUCACAAGUUUGAGCGGUCUGCCCGCACUACUCAGACCGCUCUUCGCCUGCUUUGCGGGGGUUUCUGGCUCCCUGUUGGGGCUCUGCUUUGACCGAUACUACCCGUCGAGGGAAGCACCGAGUGGGAUUUCCACCGCGGAGGAAAAGGUCCCUGUGAUCAGACCUAGGAGAAGGUCCAGUUGCGUUUCACUGGGGGAAACGUCGACCAGCUAUUAUGGCAGUUGUAAAAUGCCUCGCAGACCUUCGUUACCCUGUAUAUCCAGAGAACAGAUGAUCUUGUGGGACUGGGAUCUGAAGCACUGGUACAAACCUCAGUAUCAGGGUGCAGUGAGCGGCAACGGCGUGGAUCUUUCAGUCAUCAACGAGGCCAGGAACCUGGUGUCAGACCUGCUGAUGGACUCGUCCCUGUCGCCGCACACCAUCUCAGCUCUGCGCAGCAUCUCCAGCCUCAUGGGGACGUUUUCGGGCUCAUGCCGCCCACGGGUCAACCCCUUCACCCCCUUCCCGGGUUUCUACCCCUGCGACGAGGUGGAGGACUCCGUAGAGAGGACUGACAGGAAAAGCAUUAAGGGUCUGAGCAGCAGAAACAGCCUCCCCACCCCUCAGCCCAGGCGGAGUUCCACCUCCUCCUCAUGCUCUGCACUCCCUCCUCUUGACUCCGCCUCGUCACGCUGGGAACGGAACAAUGGCAAGAGACCCCACCCUGACCUCAACUUGACCAGCCCAGGUCUGUCUAACGGGCCCAAUGCAAACCUGCUCACCAUUCCCAAGCAGAGGUCGUCCUCUGUUACCCUCACCUACCAUGCAGGACCCAGGAGAGCAGGCACAUCUCCGAGCCUGAGCCCGGUCACCUCUCCAAGCCACGGCCCUCUCGCGGUAGGUUCAGGUUCCUCAUCAUCCCUCGUCAUUCGCCCGCCUGUGGAGUUCCCAGACACGGCUGACUUCCUGACAAAGCCGAGCGUCAACCUGAACCUGCACAAGCCCUUAGGCUAUACCCUCAGCUCACCUGAUUUCCAGCAGGCUUUCCGUAGCUCCGCCUUCCCUCUCUGCACCAGCUGUGGUCGCCAGAUGCUCAAGGGAGUUUCCAGCGGUGAUUCAGGGGAAUCUCAUCAACCAUUUACGAGUGAGACUCAACGCAGGCGCUCAGCAGGUGAAGGGCUGGAGUAUGGAGGAGAGCCUCUGAUCAGGGAGGAGAGCGUGGAGGUGGAUGUGUCUGGGGAUGGGAGGCCGGUUGUUGCAGGGAACCAGGGACAAGCAGAGAAGGAGAAGGAGAAGAGCCCGAGCACAGACCAGCAGACUCAGGAAUCAGAGGGUGAGAAGGAGUUCAGACUAGAUCCUAUGCUGGAGGACCAUGAGGCUGUCAUGGAGAGGAUGAACACCUGGAAUUUCCAGAUCUUUGACCUGGUGGACAGAACAGGAGGGAAGACCGGAAGGAUACUCAGCUAUGUGACAUACACCCUUUUCCAGGAUACGUGUCUGUUUGAAAUUUUCAAGAUCCCUGUGAGGGAGUUCAUGACAUACUUCUGUGCUCUAGAAAAUGGCUACAGGGACAUUCCCUAUCAUAACCGGGUCCAUGCUACUGAUGUGCUCCAUGCUGUCUGGUACCUGACCACUCGACCAAUCCCCGGCUUCCAGCAGAUUCACAGUGAGCAUGUGACAGGAAGUGACACAGAUUCCGAUAGUGGGAUUUCUCCAGGCAGGAUAUCCUACGCCUCCUCCAAAAGUUCCUCGAUUUCAGAUGACAGCUACGGCUGCCUAGCUUGGAACAUACCCGCCCUGGAGCUCAUGGCCCUUUAUGUAGCAGCUGCAAUGCACGACUAUGACCACCCCGGUCGCACAAAUGCCUUUCUAGUAGCCACUAAUGCACCUCAGGCUGUGCUGUACAAUGACAGGUCAGUGCUGGAGAACCACCACGCUGCGUCUGCCUGGAGCCUCUACCUGUCCAGACCGGAGUUCAACUUCCUGGUCAACCUGGAUCACGUGGAGUUCAAGCGUUUUCGCUUCCUUGUCAUCGAGGCUAUACUUGCCACAGACCUCAAGAAGCACUUUGACUUCCUGGCUGAGUUCAAUGCUAAGGUAAAUGAUGUGAACAGCCCAGGAAUUGAUUGGACCAAUGAGAAUGACAGACUGCUGGUGUGCCAAGUGUGCAUCAAACUGGCAGAUAUCAAUGGACCAGCCAAAGUCCGUGACCUGCACCUCAAGUGGACAGAGGGCAUCGUCAAUGAGUUUUAUGAGCAGGGAGAUGAGGAGGCCAGGUUGGGAUUACCCAUCAGCCCCUUCAUGGACCGCUCCUCCCCACAGUUGGCAAAGCUACAGGAGUCCUUUAUCACUCAUAUUGUGGGACCACUUUGUAACUCCUACGACGCCGCUGGCCUGCUUCCUGGCCACUGGAUUAAUCAAGAGGGAUCAGAUGAAGACGACGAGGAGGGACAGGUGGACACGGACAGCGAUGAAGACGAGGAUGAGGACGAUGAGCUAGAAGAUGAGCUGGCACCAAAAAGGAGGAAGGGCCGCCGCAGGUUGUUCUGCAGCAUCAUGCAGCACCUGACGGAGAACCACAAGGUGUGGAAGAAGACCAUCGAGGAGGAGGAGAAGAGCAAAGAGCUCACCAAACAGCAGCAGCCCGACAGCCUGCCGCCCAGCCUGCCCGCCUCCCCGUCAGAUGACAUCCAGGUCAUUCAGGAGGAGGAGGAGGGAGAGGAGCGUCAGUAGCAGGAGGAUGAAGGAAAGAACAGAGAUGUGUGAAAAAAAGAAGAAGAGAGGCAGUAUAAGGACACAGUCCCUCGACCACCUGCCUUUCACCAACAUAAAGACAGGCAGACACACAGACAGUUGACAAAUGCACAUAAAACACACUUCGCUCCCUUUUUCUCUCACACACACAUACACAGAUACGCACACACACACACACACACAUGCACACAUAUAUUGGAAGAUUCACUGUGCAGACACUCAGAUGCUUAAGCAGUCACAUUGUUUUUUGGAGAAACAAAAAGGCCUUACUACUGUGAGCGGAUCCUUGCUGCAACGGUGGGAGCCCAACUCCUAUGCACUUUCACCCCAUGGAGAGUCAAGUGCACCCAGAAAAAAAUAAAUAAAUAAAAAGCACCAGAACUGAGGAGGAAGGUGCAGAAGAUGAAGAGUGUGGACGGACGGGGGGGUCCAGCAUUAACUUGUCCUCCAUGGUGACCUGGCUGUGAUGCUGCCUUGAAUGCAAAGCGCUUACACCUCCCUUAGGUACAAAACAAUUUCCUGUCUAUUUAAAAAUGAAAGGUAGAGGACAAAUAAUGAAGCAAGAAACAUCAUGAAGUGAUUGACACCCUUUACCAAAGUGAACAGUUCAAACAUGGAAAGACAAGAGACUGAGACUGUUUCAGCCUCAAUGUCAGGUAUAUUUUUGAAUUAUAUAUAUAUCUAUAUAUAUAUACAUACAUAUAUAUAUCAAAUGUGCCUGUCUGAACCUUUACUGAGUCCAUAUUGGCCCAGAGCCUAGGCUUGUGUAGUUCUCUCUCCUUGCUGGUGACACGAAACACUGUAUCAGACUCAGUCACAGAGACAUUAUUGAAAUGUUGACUGAUUAAUAGCAUUAUAUCUGCAUCAUUUUUGAUGCUUUUACUCAUGUGUACCACCCUCUCCCCCCCCACCCCCACCCCCUCCUCGGGAUUCUUUAACUCUCCUUGCAUCAUUUUGUUUGAGUGUGUGAAUAUUUUUUUGGUGGGAAUGUGAUAGAGAGAAUGAGUAGGGAGAAAGAGAGCACAUUUUUAAUUAUUUUAGUAUGUAAUUUGUGUGUAUGUUUGUGUGUCCUUUCAGUAAUGGUUGGUUUCUAAUCAGUGAAAUGUCCUCUGGUGUUUAACAUGUUGCAUUCAGAUCAGGAGUGCUGUUUCAAUGAAUGGAUUCUUCAUUAUUCUUUUUUUCUUUCCUUUUUUGAUUGUAAGUAUUUUUUUAAAGGUUACUCAGGAUUCACGCAAAGUUGAAUAAUUAUUUUGCAAGAAUUUAUGUCAUUAAUAUGAAAUACACUUUAAAGACUAAGACAAUUAAAAUCUGGGUGACUGAAGUAGUUUGUAAUCUCUUAAUGAACAACUUGACUACAAACAAAUUCAAGCAAUUGAAAUCCUCUGUGACGGAGGAGCAUACAGUAUGUGCUGUCUCUUGGCCAUUCAUACACUGUUUGCAUAACCUUUUUACAACCUCACUGGAGAAAAGCUUAUCUUGAUUGUCAGCAGGCUGCAAAUGUUUCUCCUGCAGCAACACAUCAGCAGUUCUGUAACAAUAUAUUAUCUUUUUUUUUGUUUUGUUAUUUCAAUGUUCUUUUGCAUUGUUUUAAAAACAGUACAACGUCUACUCAUCUGUGUCUCAGUCAACACUGAUGUUUAGACACAUCGAAAGCUAACCCAACUCUUUUUCCUCAUUUCUUUGUUUUUGCCAAACCCAUAAUGCGGCCAGUGUGUAAAGAAGGGAUCCAGGGUUUCAUUUCACAUUAGUUUUGUUUAUAUAUACUGUAUAUAUAAUAUAUACGUAUAUAUAUAUAUGUGUGUGUGUGUGUCUGUGUGUGUGUGUGUGUGUGUAUAUAUGUAUACGUAUACAUAUAUAUAUAUUUCAAAGUGCCACGAGGCACGUUCUAGUUCUCUAUUUUUGUCUCUAAGAACUCUUGGCAUUCCACUAGAAUAAGACGUUUUAUGAAAAGGAAGGCGAAAUUGUUGCCUAGCUCCUUGAUCACCUUAUUAAAUCGAAAUCUCUGGAGAAAAUGUUAAGUAAGCAGUGUAAAUUCAAAAUAGUAAUAUUUAAAGACAAAAAAAUAGACACAGGUGUGCACAUUUUAAUACCAAACAAGUGUUUAGCCGCUGUACAAAAGAGUAUGUGCAUAUAAAUAUAUAUUUUUUAAAUAAUCAAAUGAAUGCAUCUGUUUUCUACACGCAGCUGACAUAUUGUACAUUGAGAUCCUGUAAUUACCAUUGUGUUUCCAGAGUUUUUAUCUACUUCUAUUUACAGGUGUGGAACUGUGGGGUUUGGUGUUUUGAGUUUUUGAUUUUUUUUUUUCUCCACUUGGUUUCAGCCUCUCCUGUAUCAUAACCACUCUUGUAUUCUUCAUUAUCUCUCUCUAUCACUGUUGUCUCAGUCGACCCGACUAGUGCCAAACUUUACCUACAUACAGUAGUUUUGUGGGCUGCGAUACGCUGAUUGGCAAACUUUCUCUGGGCUCCAGUACUGUUCAUGCAAGAGAAACGCACCUCGAGUCAAAUAUUCCACCAGGCUCAAAAGUGGCAGUGACAGUGGCGAGAGUCAGAGUUGGACUCAGGUCAGAGCCAUAUACAUUCUGACAACUCUGUCGUCAGUUUUUUCACAUGGACCCAUGCUGGAUCAUAAAGCCUUGGUAGCUCCCGACCCGACUCAUUAAGGCUGGUUCAUUAAGUUGUAAACGUUUGUUGGCUUCUCACUGUGCAGUCUUUCGAACCACAGUGUCCUCUGAUGAUUGUGCCAUAAAUACAUCUAUGAAUGGUUGUUACCCUUAUGUAGCAUCAAUAUACGUACGUUUGUCUAAUGUAACCAUUCACUCUUAUCUACAUUGUGGGGGCAACUGAUUUUUGUUGUUAUUUAUAGCCGUCAUAAAACACCAUCCCUAAAGUAUCA